AAGUGUUUCUUAACACAAACAUCACUUUUACAUAUAUUUGCAAAGCAAAGAGCAAGAAACAAACCUACAUACCAGAAAUGGAAGCCGUGAGGAGUCUAGUAGAUAAAAAGCCGCUAGUGAUCUUCAGCAAAAGCUCUUGCUGUGUUUCUCACUCAACGAAACAGCUCAUGAGCAGUUACGGAGCCAAUGCAACAGUCUAUGAGCUCGAUGAAAUCCCGAAUGGGAAAGAAGUUGAGAAUGGUCUUAUGAGCAUGGGAUGUAAGCCAAGUGUACCGGCUAUAUUCAUUGGAAAUGAGUAUGUUGGCGGGUCUAAUGAAAUACUUAGCCUUCAAGUUCAAGGAAAGCUGGUGCCUAAGCUCAUUGCAGCAGGGGCCAUUUGGGUUUGGAAAUAG